AGAAAGAGGGAAGCGUCACAUGACGCUCUGUCUAGCUACUGUCAUGCUGGUAUAAAUCUACCUCUGUAUAUUUAGUCAGCCCUUCUCUCCAGGCUCAGCUACCGUGUUUCUGAGUCCAGGCUACACAGUAGCUUCGACUUCUUCUUCGAUCAUGACUGACCAGGCUUUUGUGACAUUGGCUACCAAUGACAGCUAUGCUCGGGGGGCCAUGGUCCUGGGCAAGUCCCUACGCAACCACAAUACAUCCAAGAAGCUGGUGGCACUCAUUGGUCCACAAGUGUCAGAACCGAGCAAGUCGGUGCUGGAGAGGAUCUUCGAUGAGGUGAAGGUGGUAGACGUAUUGGACAGUGGAGACACAGCACACUUGGCCAUGAUGAAGAGGCCCGACCUGGGCGUCACCUUCACCAAGCUCCACUGCUGGACCCUCACAGAUUACUCCAAAUGUGUUUUCAUGGACGCAGACACACUGGUGCUUUCAAAUAUAGACGAACUGUUUGACAGAGAAGAACUCUCAGCUGCUCCUGAUCCUGGCUGGCCCGACUGCUUUAACUCUGGCGUGUUUGUUUUCUGUCCCUCUAUGGAGACCCACGGCAAACUGAUCCAGUAUUGUACAGAACACGGCAGCUUUGACGGUGGAGACCAGGGAGUUCUUAAUGGUUUCUUUGACAACUGGGCGACAGCUGACAUAUCCAAACACCUUCCCUUUAUCUACAACCUCAGCAGCAUAUCCAUCUACACUUACCUCCCUGCCUUCAAACAAUACGGCGGCCAUGCCAAGGUGGUCCAUUUCCUGGGGAAGACUAAGCCGUGGAGCUACAAGUUUGAUCCCAGAAGCCAACAGAUCACGGGGAGUGUGCAUGAUGCCGACACACAUUCCACCUUCCUCGUGGACUGGUGGAUCCUGUACUCCAGCGCCGUGGUACCCAUGAUGCAGCAGCAGUAUGGAGAUCAGCCUUUUCACUCUGGCUGUGAGGAGUUCCAGAGUAGUGAAACGGUCACUUUUCAGAGUGAACAGGUUGAGAUCCUCUCUUCACAUUCACAAGCACAGGCACCAGAGCCAGAGGCGCAGAUGUCCGCGGAAGAACGGAAGGAGAAGUGGGAGCAAGGUCAGGCAGAUUACAUGGGAAUGGACUCCUUUGACAAUAUUCAGAAAAAGCUUGAUUCAUUUCUUAAAUAAAUAGAGAAACAAAACGGGAGAUCAACAAAGCUUGUUGAUGUUAGUGUUAUCAGAAAGAAAAAAGGUUUUCACAUCAGACACAUUUUUGCAGUUCACUCUUCCACACAUGCUACUCCACUGCUACAAACUCUGAAGACUUAACUUUUUUUUUUUCUUAGGUAUUUUGGGGUAAGAAAUAAUAAAAACUUAGCACUUUUCUCCAUGACAUCUCACGUGGCUCUCUCAUUUCUGUUACAUGAACAUUCUUAUUUUUUACAUUAAAGCUGCCUAGGGCUGAGAUAAUUCUCCGUGUUGUUUUUGAAGGUAGGUGCAGGUGAUUGUAACAUACUGUAGGUAAAGGACAUGUUUACAGCACUCCUAGUGGCCAAUGUAUGUCGUCAUUUAGUAACAGUACACUGGAUACUCAGUGCCUUACGCGCUCACACACCUACUGUAUGUGCUAGACAGAGCUUUUUAACCAGAUGUUUAGGACUUUUCAGAUCUUUGACGUUAGCUGAUCAGGAUGUUUGCUGUACCACGAACUGUUGCAUCUGGAACUAUAAAAAAACACAUGUUUUGGA